CUCCCAGGCAACAGGUCGAUUUACUUCCACCACAGUCCUUUCCCACCCUUCCUCCACGGCGGCCUUGCUCGCGGCUUGCCUACUCCUCCAUAUAUCUAGAGCUCCCUCAGACGCGCACCUUCCGUCUGUAGGUACUGUCCUCUGCUCACAACCCCACCACACCCCACUACACCCCACUACCCAGUACGCCUCUCAGAGUCUACAACCCCCCAACCUCACUCGCACCGUUGUUCUGAGGACGACCGCGGUAUAAUAUGGCGCCCUCGGCUGUGUCCAAUCCUACAUCCCACAAUGUCGCCACCCUUCUCCCUAAGCUGGAGGAUGAGGAUCCCGACUUCCGCUUCAUGGCCCUCAGCGACCUUCAGGAAAUCCUCAUCGCCGGGCACCCCGGCUUCCUCACCCACGACAACACCACAUGCGCAAAGACAGUAGAUGGGCUGCUCAGAACUCUCAUCGACACAAAUGGAGAGGUGCAGAACAUGGCCAUCAAGUGCCUCGGUCCGUUCGUCAAUAAAUGCCCUGAGAAUAUUCUGAAACCCAUGAUCGACAAGCUCUCCAAUUUGCAGACGAACAACACUAUUGAUCAGUCAAUUCCUUCUUUGGCACUGCGUGAGGUGGUUGUGUCCCUGCCGAGGCCUAUAUCUGGCGUUCCUCGCACGAAAGCAGUCCAGGAUGCCUACUCUGCCAUGAGCAUCGUCUUGAUUCCACGUCUAGUGGGCUAUAAUGUCGUUCCUCCUGCUCAAAAGAAUCUCCCCCCUGUUCCCGAGGGCAUGUUGCAGGUCGACCUCGCGAAGGGCACUGAUAGCAAUGCUAUUGAUGUCUUGACCGAGGUUGCUAGAUGCUUUGGCCCGAUGCUGCAAGAUGCAGAAAUACAAGCUCUUCAAAAGAUCACAUUUGAAAUCCUCGAGAGUGACCGCGCAAGCUCCAUGAUGAAGAAGAAAUCAGUUGCUGCCAUCUCGACCCUUUCUGUCUACUUCACCGAUUCAUUGCUUAGCGCGUUUCUCUCGCGAAUCAUCGAGCACUUGCGAGAUGCGCACCUGACCCGCGGCAAGCGAAAGCUAUAUAUCACCAUUCUUGGAUCAAUGGCUAGGUCUAUUCCUCGAAAAUUCGGCCCAUACCUGAAAACUUUGGCCCCAUUUGUGCUCAGCGCCUUGAGUGCGGAAGAACUCGAUGAGGAAAUGGACGUUUCUGAUGACGAAGGAGAGCGUGAUCCGGAAAUCGACGAGGUCCGCGAGGCUGCCUUGAUUGCUCUUGAAGGAUUCCUUGCGUCCUGUGCUCAAGACAUGCGGAUAUAUACAGAUGAGUGCAUCGACGCCGCUACCCGGUUCCUGAAGCAUGAUCCAAAUCUCGCUCAAGACGAUGAUGAUGAUGCGAUGGAUGAUGAUGAGGAUGAAGACGACGCGCUUGAAGAUGAAGAUUUCGAGGAAGAGACGGGUUUCGAUGAUGAUGAAGACGCGAGCUGGAAGGUUCGGCGCUGCGCUGCCAAAGUCUUCCAUACGCUAAUCUCAACCCGGAGCAACGGCGACCUUCUAGAGGAUGGUACCCUCUACGAUCGAGUGGCACCAGCUCUCAUUACACGAUUCAAGGAACGGGAAGAAAAUGUGCGUCUUGAAGUGCUCGGAACACUAUCGUGCCUGGUGAGGAAAUCGGGAGAUGGCUCUCUGCCUUCAAUGAAAAUGGUUGAAGAACAGAGUCAAGGUACCAUGGGUCCUCCCCCGAGCCGCAAGCGACGACGUGGGGGAAGCGAUGCGAGCAUGUUCGAUAUCCAUGCCAGCUCUUCUCUCUCUCUCGGCUAUGCUUCCCCAGCCGUUGCUGUAACGCCGCCAGUCGGACCACGUGCUAGCCUUGCGAAACUCAGUCCCAACAUUGUUCAUGGAGUAUCACAGCUUCUUAAGACAGGCCCACCGGCGACCAAGCAGGCCUCCAUCAUUCUACUCAAGGAUAUCGUAGUCACACAACGCGGAGGCUUGCAAGAUUACCUGACCCAAAUUGCUGAUCCAGUUAUCGAGGCCGCGAAGGCAUCAGGUUCAUCUAGUGCAAUGAGCGGCGCAUCGUCUGCCACCGCUAACAGCCUGCGUAUCCAAGCGUUGCAACUGCUCGGCGCAAUCGCAGAUACGCACCCUUCUGCUGCGAUCCAGCCAUACCUACCAAAAGUCGUUCCUGCACUAACUGCUGGAGCUCGCGAAAAGUACAGCAAAUUGUCCAUUGAAGCUCUGGCGGCAACGGAACAAGUCAUCAAGGCCCUUACACCGCCUCGAUCAGCUACUUCUGGUUCUCAGAAUCAGCAGCACCUAGACUCACUUUAUGACGUUCUUGUUAAUCGCAUAGCUGCUAAUGAUGCCGACCUGGAAGUGCGACAAAUCGCUAUCCACGUGCUUGGGCUCUUACUAGGCCGGAGCUCGGGAACGCAAGGCCUCAUUUCCUCGCCAAAGCGAACCUCUGGUCUCGACCUUCUAGGUGACCGUCUCAAGAACGAGCUCACGCGUCUUGCUUCUGUUCGUGCGAUCGACACUAUUGCCGCACAUACGAAGGCCCAAAAUGAACUUACAGCGAAGUGGGUACGCACCGUUGCUUUGGAGCUUGGAGCACAGCUACGCAAAGCUAGCCGCACUCUUCGUGGUGCCAGUCUCAGUGCUCUUCGAACACUCGCGUUAAACCCAAUUUCGCGGCAGCAACUGGACAGCCAAUCCAAGUCACAGAUUGUUGGGUUACUGAUUCCCUUGCUUACCACCGCGGAUCUCCACCUCCUUGGCCCAGCUUUGAUCAUUCUGGCUACGUUUGUCAAAGAUGACGCACGGUCCGUAAUGACAAACGACUUGAAUAAAGCGCUCUGUGAAGUCGUCGGCGGGACGAUCAGCGGGAGCUCCUUGGAAGCGCUGCUCGCUCUCGUCAGGACUAUUGGUGAACAAGGUGCCGGCAAGCCAUUAAUGAACGCACUGCUGAAGGAAGUCGGCAUUGCAGGGCGUCCUGAAGUAGUAGGAAAGGUCAUCGGAAAUUUGCUAGUCUACGGUGGAACGAGUGUUGGGGUCAAACUUGAUGACUUCGUCAAGGAGUUGAACACCCAAACCGACGACAAUCGAAAGUGUCUUGCCCUUGUUGUUCUUGGAGAAGCUGCACUUCGCAUGGGAUCUCAGUCAACACUCCAACCGGAGCUCUUCAUCAAAUUCUUCUCGGUGAAAUCUGAACAAGUUCCACUUGCAGCUGCCGUGGCCCUCGGACGAGCUGGAGCUGGUAGUGUUGGGAAAUACCUCCCAGCGAUUCUGAAAACUAUGGGCCAGCCUUCCAGUCCACAAUAUCUCCUCCUUCACUCGGUGAAGGAGAUUCUCCAACACGACGGUACGGAGUCAGAGAUAAUACCAUUUGCCGGCACACUCUGGUCCAAUCUCGUUGCGGCUUCUCAGGCUGAGGAUAAUAAGGCUAUUGGUGCGGAGUGUAUCGGCAGACUUGCCAUCAUUGAUCCAAAGACGUACCUCCCGCAACUUCAAGCCUUCCUUGGCGACCGCAAACCCAGCGUCCGCGGCAUGGUUAUUUCUGCCCUCCGCUACACCCUUGCUGACACUGAUGAAUCCUAUGACGAGUAUUUGAGGCCUAUCGUUAUUCCGAUGCUAGCCCAGAUGCUUUCCGAAUCUGAUCUCGAGAACCGGCGGCUGGCCUUGACAACGUUCAACUCGGCUAUGCACAAUAAGCCUGACAUCAUCCUCCCAGCAAUCGACCAGCUCCUCCCCAUGGCCAUGAAAGAGACCGAGAUUAAGCCCGAGCUCAUCCGGGAGGUUCAGAUGGGCCCCUUUAAGCAUAAGGUCGACGACGGUCUCGAACUCCGCAAGAGCGCCUACGAGACUCUCUACGCGUUGCUCGAGACAGCCUUUUCCCGUCUCUCACUCAGUGACCGUUCUGACUGUUUCGACCGCGUAGUCGCCGGCAUCAGCGACGAGAAUGACAUUCGCAUUCUCUGCAACCUCAUGCUAACUAAACUAAUGGUCCUUGCGCCCGAAGAAACGCACAACCGUCUCGAAGCCAUCGCAGCAAAUUUCCGCCAAGUCUUGUCUAUUAAACCGAAGGAGAACGCUGUGAAGCAGGAGAUCGAGAAACUGCAAGAGGCUAGCAAGGGUGUGCUCAAGGCUUCCGUUGUCCUGAAUAAGAAUUUGGGCACGGAUAGCGGCGCGCAUGAUGAUCAGCCGUUGAGGACUUGGGCGCAGUAUUGGGAUUGGAUCAACAAGGAGUUUGCAACUGUGCUUAAGGCGGUGCAGGAUGAGCUUAAGGAUCGGGAUCGUUAGGUGUCUGAUCAAAAGCCCACCCCUGUGGUUGGUAAAUUGGAGUGUGAGGAAGGCGCAGGAUGGCGGGUGUGCAUGAUGGAAUGAACGAUGAAGGGGUGAGUAGUGCUUCCCGCCUGGCUCAAACCCUGUUUAGCGAUUUUAGACUAUAGCGAAUAUGAGACUGGGUGUAGAGCGGUGACGGAUUUUGAGACUCAAAAUAAAUGAAAAGUGCAUAGGAAAU